UCAACAUCGAGUGGUUCGUACGGCAAAUAAUGGAGCGGUAGCUAAGUUAAUCAAGAAAAAAAAAUUUUUUUUUUUUUUAAUAAAAAAAAUUUCAACUCGAGGAGAAAAAAAUUAAUUUUAUAAUUUUCUGUUUUAUUUUUUUUUUGUUUCCAAUUUAAUAAUUAAUUCUUAAAAAAGUUUUUUAUUUUUAAAAAGAAAAAAUUAAGUGAUCAAUCUACUUUUUUUUUCUCAAACUUUUGUUAAAAUAAUGUGUAGAAUUAUUGGAAAAAUAUUUGCUGUCUAUUAAAGAAUAUUUAUUUUUUCUGAAAUUUUUUAUAUAAGAAAAUCUUUUACACGUUAUCAAUAAUAAUAAUUUCAAACUUUUUUAUAAGAAAUUUUCAAUGUUCAAUGAAAUUAUAAAAAUAAAUAGAAAAAAAAGUAUUUUUUUAUACUAAAAGAAUUUUAUAAUUGAAAUUUUCAUUUUAAAUAUAACACAAAAAAAAAUCUCAUUGUAAGAAAAAAAGAAAAAUCUAGUUGUUAUAAAAAAAAUUAAAAAAGUUACAACAAAGCCAAUUUUAUUCAACAAGAACAAAUUUUUAUGAAACAACUGUAUUAAAAAUAUAUAAGGGAUAGAAAGGAAAGUAACAAGUAAGGCAACUAAAUAGCAAGCAACAUUAAUAUCUGAAAUAAGAAUAAAACACAAUAAAAACAAGAACAAUAAUAUUUAAUAAUUUGAAUAAGAAAGAAAGAAAGGAAAACUAAGCCGUUCAGCAACAAAAUAAAAAGAAAAUAAGAAAGAAAGAAAAGAAAAACAAAAGCCUGCAACAAAGUAUAGUCUACAAAAACAAAGCCAUAUUUUAUGAACAUUUAGGAUUUUUAACUUUGUUUUAUUGUUUUCUCAUUUACGCACACAUCUAUACAUAUACAGCUAUAUAGUUCUCGAAAGAAAUUCUCUUUUUUGUUCGUACUUUUUAAAUUUUUUUAAAUCUGUUAUAAAUUUUGUUAUUCAUUAUCAUCAGCAUCGUUAUCAAAAUCAAUAAUACAUACAACAUAAAAAAAAAAACAUCAAUACGAACAAAAUAGAAAGAAAAACAAACAAAGUAAUAACAAAAUGGUAGAAAGAAUAACAGAAGAGAAUACAGCUGACGCAAAUUCAGACCUACCAAUGGUCCCAUCAUCAGUAAUAGUUGCAUCAGUCAAUACAAAACAACAAACAACAGCAGCAACAACAACAACACAAACAACUGAAAUGGGUAGAUAUAGUAGCGAAGAAGUAUCUGGUAAUGAAUCAACUGAAGUACCAAGAAUGACAGAAAUAGAACGUCAAGCUGAAGCUAAUCGUCAUAAAGAAGAAAUGAAAAAGAAAAGACGUAAGAAGAAGAGAACCAGUUCAUCAUUACAUUCUUCUACAUUUCAAGAGCUUUAUAAAUUAACUGGUGAAAUUCUUGGUGAAGGAGCUUAUGCUUCAGUUCAAACCUGUGUUAAUAUAUAUACAGAUUUAGAAUAUGCUGUAAAAGUGAUUGAUAAAAUUCCUGGUCAUGCUCGUGCUCGUGUAUUUCGUGAAGUUGAAACAUUUCAUCAUUGCCAAGGUCAUCCUGGUAUUCUACAAUUAAUAGAAUUCUUUGAGGAUGAUGAAAAAUUUUAUUUAGUAUUUGAAAAGAUAAAUGGUGGUCCACUAUUGGCUAGAAUUCAAGAACAUGUUUGCUUUUCAGAACAUGAAGCAGCUCAAAUAAUUAAAGAAAUUGCUUCUGGUUUAAAUUUUUUACAUAAGAAGGGUAUUGCACAUCGUGAUUUAAAACCUGAAAACAUAUUAUGUGUUGAUCCAGAAAAAUUAUGUCCAAUAAAAAUUUGUGAUUUUGAUCUUGGAUCCGGUAUUAAAUUUAAUACAGAUGUUGCAUCACCAGCUGCUACACCACAAUUAUUGACUCCGGUUGGUAGCGCUGAGUUUAUGGCACCAGAAGUUGUUGAUUUAUUUGUUGGUGAGGCAAAUUGCUAUGAUAAACGUUGUGAUUUAUGGUCAUUGGGAGUGAUUGCGUACAUAUUACUUUGCGGUUAUCCACCAUUUUCAGGAAAUUGUGAACAAGAUUGUGGUUGGAAUCGUGGUGAAAAUUGUAGAACUUGCCAAGAAUUGUUAUUUGAAUCAAUUCAAGGAGGUCACUUCAGUUUUCCUGAUCCUGAUUGGACUGAUGUUAGUGUAGAGGCUAAAGACUUGAUUAAAGGACUGUUAGUUAAGGAAGCACCAAAACGAUUAAGUGCUGAAGCUGUGUUAAAUCAUCCAUGGAUUAAAAUGGCCGAACUCGAGCCAGCUGAUAGCCUAAAAAUGGAAAAUCGUCGUAAAGCAUUAAAAACUCCAGGCGUAAUACGACGUAAUCAAUCAGCACGAGAAUUAUCACGUUUCGCUGAAUCAGCAAUGGCUGUAAAACGUGUCAUUUUACAACAUUUUUCAAUGCGCAGUGAUUAUAUGACGAAAGAGCGUCCAAACAUUUAUCAACCACCAUAUCGUGCAGAUAUGGAAUUAGCGAUGUCAACCACUACACCAUCUUCAACUACAGAGCAGACGUCUAUUUUGGAUGGUAGAAAAUUAAAAGAUGCAGAGAUUAAUGAUCAAAAUAAUUCAGCUAUAAAUCGUAAGGUGCAAUUUACUAUGGGUGAUGAUACAAUAUGCAAUAAUGAAGACAAUUUCGAAUUUUAUGGUCUUAAAGACAAAAAUCAAUCAAAUAUUCCUGAAAAUAAUCAUAAUACUAAUGAUUAUAAUAAUCUUGAUUAUGUUGUAAACGGAUGUGAUGAUGUUAUUAAUGCUAAGAUGAUACAAAAUAUUGACAAUUUUUCUAAAAUGAAAAUGAAUACCACAAACACAAAUGAUAAGAACAACGAAAAUAAUUCAUUGGAAAUCAAUUUAAAUGAUAAUAAUGAAUUGAAUAUUGAAAAUAAUAUAAGUUACAAUGAUUUUUCUCCAUCUUCUACUUCAAAUAUUACUGACUCACAAUUUCAUGCAGAUCAAGCAGCUGGUAAUUCUUCUGAUUCAAUUACAAAUUCCACUGAUAAUAAUGGUUUACUAAAAAUUCGUAAUAAUUUAUUAUCAACAUCUAGUGGAUUGACAAUGUUUAAUCAAAACCGACAUAACAACCAUCAAUAUCGUUCAAUUUUGACUAACGCUGCUAAUGUACAAAAUUACCGCAACUAUUUACCAAGAUAUUAUGGUAUUAGUGAAAGAAUUACAAAUCGUUUAUAUGUAUGUCCAGAAGAACGUAUUAGUACACCUACAAAUUCAUCAAGUAGUAAGAGUAGUAGUAAUAGUAGCACAAAAUCAACAUCUGCUACAUUAAAUAACGCAACAAAUACAACAACAGCAAUUAAAACACCAAUUAACAAUGAUGAUAAAAUUGAAAAUUGGCGUAAUCAUUGUAUUUAUCCGACAGCACCACGUUAUUGUGGUUUAUCAGCAUCAUUAAAUGUACCUGUUACUGGUAAUCAUCAUCAUCAUCACUCAUUAAAUAAUCUAAAUUAUCUUAAUGGUAUUUUACUUACAAAUUCUAAUAAUGAUGAUGGUUCAAAAACCUCUAAUAAUGUGAUUCCAAUUAUGAACUUCCGUCAACUAAAUAUCAACAAUAGUAGUAGUGAUGAAGAUGCAAAUAAUAUAUUAGAUAAUAAUUCUGUACAAAGUUGUACAAUGGGCAUUGGACUUUCACCACCAAGUGAAAGUUUAUUAAUGCAACGUCGUUUACGUAUUGCAAAUCGUAGUUCGGAUAUUGAUUUAUUAAGUCCUUCAGCAACAGCAAAUGGUUAAUCAUAUAAGAAAACCAAAAUAAUCUAAAAUAAAAAUUCGUUUUUUUUUCUCAUUUUUUUUUUUCAUAAAAUUAACCUAUAUUUGAACUAUAUUAAUUAUAAUAUUACACAAAAAUUUAUAAUACAAAAUAUAAAAAAAAUUAUAUAUCUGUAUAAUAAGUAAUAGUAUAGAGAUAUUCAGUUUGUUAUCUAAAUUCGCAUGUUAUGGAAAUUAUAAAAAUUACAUCCUUCCAGAACAGAUAUUUCUGAGCUACCUUCCUGGAAUUUUUUGUUUUGUAUUUUGAAUGCAAAACUUUUAAUAUGUACUGUAGCUAAAGUAAAGGUGACCAGUUCCUAAGGGUGUAAUAUAAAUUUCGAGCUUUGAGUAUAUGAAUAACUCUUAUAAUAAUAUUAUAUCACUUUUGUAGUUUAUAAUAAGGUUAAAAAUAUAUUUUAAUUAACAACAAAAAAAAAAAAAAAUUAUAUUAAAAAAAAAAUAAAAAAAUUAAAAAAUUAUAAAAAAAAUCUGACGUAUAAUUUUAUCUAAAAUAUUAUUAAAAUUAAAAAUAAAGUUACGGUUCAAAUUUAUAAAUAAAAUUUGGCCCUUUAAUCUAUAUUUUUUGUGAAAAAAAAAAAUUAUAUAAAAUUGCCUAUUAAUAACUACAACUCAAACAAAAAAAAAAAACGAAUUAAAUUCUCUCAUACGACCAUGAUUGCACAGUAAUUUAAUUUUAGAUUAUUACUUGAUAAUUCUUAGUUUUAAGUUAUUGGUAAUGGUUUCUUAAAAGCUUGCAAAGAAUAUUUUUACCAAGAUUUUCUAUAAAAUUUAAAAAUUAAAACAUAUUGUAACCAUUCUUUUUGAAUAAGUCAGCUUGGUUAAGCUCUGCGCUUAAAUGUAAUUUUGUACAAGUAUGUUAUCGAGUAAGUGUAAUGCUUUUAGGCCUUAGAAGGCAUAAAAAUAAAAGAAACCGACACUGGUAUUUAUUCUAUAUAUUCACGAAUAAUUGAAAAAAAAAAAAUUUGAACUGUGCAGUUUUCGGUACUAUAAAA